AUGGCUCUCGAUGAUGUUCAGAGACGCGAAUACCUGCAAAAGAAUGUCACUGCUGACCUUCAGUAUAUGUGGGACGACUCAGAAGUGAGUUUAGAUCUUCAACAUAGGUUGGGGCAGCACUACAAAAAUCUGCGGGUGUUUGUGGCACUGGCCGAGAGUUCAACAGAGCUUCGAGAAGCACUCAAAACAGACUAUCAGCUUGAUGCAGCACAAGGAGCUGGGCAGAGAGCAGAAGUCGCCAGAAUCAUUUCAGCAUGGACAGCAGGGAGACAACUCUAUGAAAAAGAAAAUGAACUUCAGGCCGAAAGCAAGGUGAUGGGAUUACCGAGAUCCCUUCAACAUAGCGAAAGGUUAGCUAUGCUUCGUGCGGUCGAAACUACUCUGGGAACUCUUUCAGAGCAUGAUGUGCCUUCCAGUGAAUAUUUGGCCUUGAAGGUUGAAGAGUGUGAAAAUGGAGAAGUUACAGCAGCCUCCUUGGAUGAAAUCACAAGCAAAGCCCAUAAGAACACAGCCUCCCUGCAGACUUCACUGGACACAUCGGGCCAUGUGCGAGUGGUCAAGACGAAAACGAAGGGUUCACUUCCUUCGAACACAGAAGAGUACCGACAAGCGAUGAAGUUGGAAGCAGUCACUUGGCUGUGUAUGGCAUCGAAGUUUAAGGCAAAGCACUGGCUGGCAGGAUUGAAGAUGGAACAUUUCCUCAAGUUUGUCGAUUUUAUUCUUGGGGAUCGGGUCAACGCAAUCAAGGUCCCAGUGGACAAUGGUCAACAGGCAGUCAAGCCCAACUGGGCAUUGGUGCUGCAAUAUGAGCAUAGACUGCGCAGAGAAGCGAUGAAACUGGUGAAUCGUGCAGAGGCCACUUUGGCUGAAGCUCUGACACGUGUGACGAAGGACCCAGACCUGAAAGAAGCCUUCUUCACCACACCUUUAGCCCUGACCACGACGGAGACACCACAGAAAUUUGCAAAGUACAAUUCAAAGGGCCACCAAGAGGGCAAUUACAAGGGCAAAGGAAAAGGAAAGGGUAAGCAAUUUGGAAAGUCCGGCAACAAAGGGGGGAAAUCCUACAACAAGGGCAAACAUGGAGAUUUAAGCCUGGUGUCGCAAACCCCUGAUGGCCGCGACAUAUGCUUCGCAUACAACAGCCAAGGUGUCACCAAUUUGGGAGAGCAUCCAGCAAGUGUAUGGCAAUUGGCCGAAACAAGACAGCUGGUGGAAGAGUUUGACGCUUCAAGCUCAGUGCGUGAGAUGACCGCUAAUGAAACUGACAAACCAGAGCAGGAAACCACAGCUGAGCCUAAUCACUUGGAAAGCAAUGGAGGGUCGGAACUUCACAGGGGGCAGCCUAUGGAGAUGGACUGGGCUGGCAGACGCAAACCACUGGUGGACGGCUUUGGUCUUUGUUCGCCGACAUUGUGGAACCCAGCUGACCGAGGAGCACAUAUUUGCGCAGGAGGUCAAGAAUUUUGCAAAUCAAUUUUUGGAAUGGUUUCGAAGUUUGUCACGGAAAGGCUUGGAGACUUGCGGUUGGCAGCUUUCAAACUGGGCCUAGGGAAGAUCGAGACUUCACCCUUUUCGGAACAGGAUCUGGACGAUUUGAGGAAAGAAUGGGCUUCGUUGCUGCCCUCCAGGUCAAAGUCCCUGGAGAUCCCUGAGCGCCAACCUUUCUUGCUGGGUAUGAUUUCGCAGUCUUUGGAGAAGGUGGAAGAUCCAGAUUACAAGAUUUUUAUGCAUGGUAAGGAUUCUUUUUGGACUGGGGUCCCAGUGGGUUACGAUGAGCCCCUCCCGAGAACUCCGGAUGUCUUUCCUCGAAAUGAGAAGGUGAGACCGUUGGAUGAGUCGGAGUACAAUAAUUUGGCUUGCAACUACCGCUCGGCCCGAGAGAUGUCGGAAGAGCUGGAAAAGAAGUUCAGGGAAGAAGAGGCUUUGGGGAGGAUGAUCCCAACCACCUUAUCAGCUUUGCAAUCAAAACACCCUGAGCGAACCCCUUUGGUGGCAGCAAUGGGGGCCAUCAAGAAACCGAAUGGUGAUGUCAGACCGUUGCAUGACGGUACCCAUUUCGUCCAGCUUAAUAACAAUAUUUGCUUCCAGGACCAGUUGCAAUACCCUGGACCUGAGGAUGCUGCUGCCAUGAUCCGUUUGGUGGAAGAUGACAAAGAAUCUCUUUUUGCGAUGUCGGCAGAUAUCAAAGCGGCACACCGCCUGGUGAAGAUCCGAGAAGAGGAUUGGCCCUUGUUGGGGUGUAGGGCUCAUGACGACGAUAAGACCAUCUGGAUCAACACCGUCGGGACAUUUGGGGUAUCAUCGGCAAGUUACUGGUGGACACGCCUCUUCGCUGGGAUUGGACGACUGGUUGCCUACAUCCUGGGACAGGAGAAUUGGUUUCAAUUGGUUUACGUUGAUGACUUGCAUCUCACCUGCCUGGGGCCACGCAAGUUUCUUGUUUUGUGGACGGCCUUGGCACUGUAUGAGAUAUUGGGCACACCCUUCUCAUAUGCAAAGUUUUCAGGCGGCCUCCAAGUCUGCUUCGUGGGGUAUUUGCUGGAUUACCGUGCCUGCCGUUUGGGCAUUACCCAACGGAGGGGAGCUUGGUUGGUUUCUUUCAUCGAUGAGAUGUUUGCUUCAAAGGGAACGAUUUACAUGAGAAGGUUCAAUGAGUUUCUGGGCCGCCUUGGUUUCGUCUCUAGGGUAUUGCUCUGGUUGAAACCUUUCCUGGCCCCUCUUUAUUCUUGGAGCGCAGCGCUCGACCGGGGUACAGUUGCCAAGUGUCCCAAGCUGGUGAUGUUAGUUUUGAGAUUCUUGCAGUUGCAGCUGAAGGACUGUAGCCCUGGGCAUGUUGUGCCUUUGGUUCUCACUGCGGGUACAGAUAACCUGGCUAACCAGUUCCUCCUCCGGGGCGAGAAUACCUUGGCAGAUGCUUUGACGAAUGAAGAUUUUACAGGUGUUGACCUGAAGAAGCGUUUGGUUUGCGAAUGGGGAGAUUUUCAAUUUCACCUCAUCACUCGUCUCUGGAACGAACGCGAAGGCUACCUGGACAAGGACAUGCUGAGGUCCACGGCACAGAUUGUGCUUUUGUCGCGGGUUUCGCGUUUCUUGGUGAGCUUCGCUCCACGCUUCCCCGUUGGCUCGAGUCAGAGGUUGGAGACAAUUUCAAUGCCAAUGCACAGGUCAGAAGCAGAUAUCGUGCGUGAAGUGGCACUUAUGUCUAUGAUGCUACGCUUUAUGGAAUUUGACUUAGAUUCAUCUUCUGACAAAAUUGGACGUAUGGAAGAGAUUGUGGCCCUGCUACAGGCCAUUUUGCAAUUCUUGGGCACCACUCCUUCAUUGGAAUCCCUUUACCUGAUUUGGAAAUCCGCCAUUCUGGCACUGAGCGAAAUGGAGGCUCACUUCUUUCCGGGUUAUCCCGUUCAAACUUCCAAUUCACUGGUGACUCCAGCGAAAUGGUUACCCUUCUCCCGCUUGGCAACGAAAGAAUGGGAACGUUUCCGGCCUUUAUUAUUGCCCGGAUACUAUGCAUUGAAGACGCUCAAUGAGUGGAUUUGGACAGAAUAUGAUGUGGAAGUGCAUAAGGAUUUAUCUCAUGCACUCACUGACGCUCUACUGUUGGUAGAAGCUACCAUGGAUAUGUGCGAGAUCCCAUUGGAUCCAGCUGCUACUGUUGUCUUGGAGCUUUUGUCGCGUGUUUCGCGUUUCUUGGUGAGCUUCGCUCCACGCUUCCCCGUUGGCUCGAGUCAGAGGAACAGAGGAAUCACUGAUUUGAAGGUACAGAAUAGCGAAACGGGCCAUCCGGCUCUGGCUGUGUCUCACUUUCCCGAAGAGCCUCCUCCUGUUUUUGAGGGCUCUCCGAACGAUGAGAUCUGGAUGGCCGCUUGUGAGGUUUACAUGAGUGCGGAUGUUGCAUGCCGCAGCCCAAAGACUUCGAUGCCGCAGCUCCUGUCGCCUUGGAAAAUGAACAAGUCUCAGCUCGUGGAGGAACUGAAUCGCCGGGGGGUACCUUUUCACCCUUCUUGGCUGGUUCCCGAGCUUCGACAGAUGGUGGUGGAGAUCCGUCAACAGGAGAAGCCCAAGGUGGAGACCAGCGAAGCUCUCCAGGGUCUGUCCAAGUGCUCCCUCGACGAGUUGGUCAAGAAAGCCACGGCCCAGGGGAUUACCAUGCCGGACAAGCCGACCAGGGGAUGGCUCAUGAGGGCUAUCAGAGAUGCGAGCAACACUCCGGCGGACACAGUGGUCCCGUUCGGCAAGUUCAAGGGCUGGAUGUACCGCGAGAUACCGGCUCCGUAUCUCGAAUGGGCCAUGGCGGAGGUGGAGGGCAACCCCAACUCGUCCAUGGACCUUCAACGUCUGGCAUCUUGGGCAAAGAGCGAGAAGACCAAGGGCAAGACAGUCCUCAGCAAGACCAGGUCCCUUGCAACGGACCCCGAGGCGUUGGCCAAGAUUCCUCCGCCCUCGGUCAAGGACAUGUCGAUGGGCCUUCGGGGCCCGUCAGAAGAAGAGGGAAUCUGUUAUGAUAGUGGACGGGGACGAGACGGAAUCUUGAAUGUCCCUGACAUCUUCUACGACACCACAGAUGACCUGGGUGCGGAGGGCCCAGACAAGUCUGCGUAUGAGGUCCCAAAGUAUGCGGCAGUUCAAGUGGAUGCGCAGGUUUCCAAGUAUAAGGGUCUGGAUGACUCCAUCAAGGUGCCUGCGUAUGAGUACGAACUCGUUAGCGGCAGCGCGUCUGAUGCUGGGGACUUUUUGAAUGAAGAGCCCUUUGUCCCGGACAAGAUCUAUUACUCAAAGACUAUGAAUCCCAAGGCUUUGGGAACACCUGAAGAGCUCCGGGAGAGAGCACGACGCGGUAUCCGUCGUCGCAAGCGGAUGAAUGAGUCCAACUUCAAGAAGAUCAAGCGUGGGAUGGUCAAUUUGGCCUCAGUCCUCAUGGCUUGCACUGUGGCGGCUGCAAGCCUCACCCAGGAAAUUGUGACUGGUCCUUUGGAGGACACUUUUGAGGUCUUCAAGCCCUUCAUGGCAUACUGCAAGAGCGAUGGGCAGCGCGAAGUCGAUUGCCUGGAACUUUUUGCUGGUAGGGCCCGCAUCUCUGAGGGCUUUGCCAAGAGGGGCCGCGGCGUCUUGCAGCCCCGCGACAUCAAGUUUGGCCACGACCUGAGGGACAGAUCCACUCAGGAGCAAGUAUUGAAAGAGAUCAGUCAGCACGAACCUGGACUGAUUUGGAUGGCUCCUCCUUGCACCUUGUGGUGUGGAUUUAGCCGCCUCAACUACAACCAACAACAGUUGCGAAGGCUUCGAAAGAAAGAGAUGGAGCUUGUGCGCUUCGUCGACUCCGUGGUUUGCCUCCAGCGGAAGCUUGGCGGUCUGGUAGUGAUCGAGAACCCUGCCAACAGCGACCUCUGGAGAACCGACGUUCUUCAAGACAUGAUUGGCUCAGGCAUGAGUUUUGCCCGAGCAGACCUCUGCAGCUAUGGUAUGAAGAGCUUAGAUGGUGAAGCAUUGUUGAAGAAGCCGGUGUCCCUUCUCACCAACUCUGCGGCUUUCAACGAGAACGUUCAGAAGGUGUGCACCGGUGACCAUGAUCAUCGAACAAUUCAAGGAGCUGAAACGGCCCACUCAGCGACAUAUCCAACGGGCUUUGCCACGGCGGUUUUCCAUGCCUACAACAAGUCUUGCUCACAUGCCCACAGUGUGAUGACAGCCGAGGCUCCCUCUUCUGUCGAAGACAAGCCUUCUUCCCCUUCGGCUGUCGAAAGGAAGCCGGAUGACGUGGAGGAACCUCAUGGUGCCAAAGCAAUUUCCUUCAAGGGCAAGGUGAGUCCUGAGAUAGCAAGCGUCCUGAAGAGGGUACAUCAAAAUCUCGGUCAUCCUUCAAACCGAGAUCUCAUCAAACAUCUUAGAAUCGCUGGUGCGGGUGAGAACAUCUUGAGGGCUGCCGAGCAGAUGACCUGCAACACUUGUGCCCGAUCCGGUCGUGCCCCACUUCACAAAGUGAGCGCGCCUGUGGUCGCCUUGGACUUCAACGAAGCGGUUGCGGCUGACAUUGUGUGGCUGGACACUGCAGACGCCAAGAACAAGCCAGCACUGAACAUGGUGGACCUGGCAUCCACCUAUCAAGUGGUGGUUCCCCUGAAGUCCACCAAGUCUGAAGACGUUUCUGAGGCCUUUUCCUCUGGGUGGAUUCAGUGGGCUGGUGCCCCCAAGUUCGUCCUUGUCGACCUGGACAGUGCUUUCAAGGAUAAGUUCCUGGCCCUCAUGGACAACAAGAGUGUAGUCGUGAGGGCUGCAGCUGGCCAGGCACACUGGCAGAACGGCGUCGCCGAACGUCAUGGUGGAGCUUGGAAGAUGAUAUGGAACAAGUUCGUCGAAGACAAUUUGGUCUUCGUCGAAGAGAUGCCCGAGGCCAUGUCAUGGGUCUCUGACGCCAAAAAUCAGCUCAGAAACCGCAGCGGAUACUCACCUCGACAGUGGGUGUUCGGCAGCAACGGACGGCAGCCCGCCGACCUCUUUGACAUGGACCAGAGCCAAACCGAGAUGUUGGACUUGGCCAGCCCCGACGCCAAGUUCGAGAGAAGCCAAGUUCUCCGAGCUGGCGCUCGUGCGGCUUUCUUUGCUUGCCAGUCCAAAGAAGCCUUACAGCGAGCUUCCAAUCAUAAGCCCAGAGUCGAGAAGAAGAACUUUGAGCCUGGCGAUUUGGUCUACGCCUAUCGCGAGGUUAAGCAAGGAAAGGGAAAGAAACCCAAAUCCACCUGGCUUGGACCUGGCAUUGUGAUUGGUCGGGAAGGCAACAAUUUUUGGCUUUCUCGCGGCGGCAGAUGUAUUCUUGCCGCCCCUGAGCAUCUGAGAACUGCGCACCAUGAAGAGGUCUCUGAGCUCUUGCGCCUCAAGACCGCUAUGAAAGAGCUCAAGAGCCUGAUGGAGCAACCUUUUCCUGAUGAAGAGAUGGAGGUGGAUGAGGAUUUCUUAGAUCCUGCCCCCGAAGAACAAGAAUCUGGUCCCAUAGAAAUGGAAGCUGAGAACGAGGGGCCUCCAGAUUCUUCUCCUUUGCCUUCUGCUUGGGACGAAGCCGCUUCCCGAGAACAACAGAUUAGAGCUUCGGUACGAAGAGCGCAAGCUCUGGAUGAUGUGCCCACAGCUUUGAAGAAAGCCCGACUAGAAGCUCCCAAGGCAGUGUUCAUGGUGAAGCGAUGCAUUUCCGAGAAGGGCAAGGAGAAACAACUUGAGAAAGAGCUCCCGUGGGGCCUUAUUCCCUACGAAGAGAGACACUUGUAUCGAGAAGCCGAGCUCAAGCAGUGGAAAGAACACGUGGAAUUUGGCGCUGUCAGAGCUUUGUCCUUGGAAGAGUCUAGGCGGAUCGAAGCAACGAUACCUCCUGAAAGAGUUCUCAAUGCCCGCUUUGCCUACAAGGACAAGAACUAUGCUCUGCGCAAAGUGGAUCCAUCCAUCCCUUGCAAACCAAAAGCACGCCUUUGUGUAGCAGGACAUCGAGAUCCAGAUCUUGGUCGUUUUGACAUGGCUGUGGACGCACCAACAACAUCGCGUCACAGCAUCUUGUUGGCCCUCCAACUUGGUCUCUCUAGAGGUUGGUCUGUCAGCGUGGGCGACAUCAGGGCUGCUUUUCUCAAUGGUGUCCCUGCUCCCAGACAGCUUUAUUUUCGACAGCCUCGUGGAGGAAUUCCCUCACUACAGCCUGGACAACUGGUGGAGGUUCUGAAGGGCGUGUUCGGUCUGAGCACCAGCCCCAAGCUGUGGUGGAUGAAGCUGUCAAAGGAUGUGCAAGCGAUGGUGAUUGAAGUGGGCGGUCGACGGAUCUUGGUGAAGCAGAACCCCAUUGAUCCAUGCGUUUUCCACUUCUACGAGCAAACCUCUCAAGCUGUUGUCGGCCUGCUGCUGACCCAUGUCGACGACUUGAUGUUGAUCGUCGAGCCAGGGUUGGAAGCAACUAUUCAGAAAGAGAUCAAGGACAAGUUUCCCAUAGACGAAUGGCAGAGCGGGAGUUUUGAGUACGUGGGUUGCUCCUACCACUGCUCUGCCAAUGAGAUCAAGAUCUCUCAAAAGGCUUAUGUUGAAGGACGCGUCGACAAAGUGACUGCCAAGACCAAUGCUGAUGGUAGCGUCUCUCGUGAACAAGUUGAAGAAAAUCGGACAUCCAUCGGCAGUCUCUCUUGGUUAGCAAAACAGACGCGCCCCGACUUGCAGUUUGCAGUCUCACAAGCUCAACGUAAGCAGUCCGAUCCUUCCACCGACGACAUCAAAAAGACCAACAAACUGGUGGACAUCGCCUUUGACCACAAGGAUCACGGCGUGACUCUCAAAAAGAUCCCAGAGAAACAGAUAGCUUUCAUUGCGUUUCAUGACGCAGCCUGGGCUAAUGUGAGCGCCGAAGACCCUGACAUCGGCGAUUCCAACUGGAGCGGAGAUCAUCCCGUGGCAUCCCAGUUGGCACAUGUGAUCGUCGUCAGUGAUAAGAGAGUUUUAGAAGGAGAAGAACAUGAUUUUAGCUUGAUAGACUGGAGAAGCAAGUCAAGUCAGCGUGUAUGCCGAUCUACCUUUGCUGGUGAGACCAUGGCUUGUUGCGAGGCCGUAGAACAUGCAGUUUAUCUCAGAUCUCUCUUUCUCUCCUUUGCUUCUGGUUGCAUGGUUUCUGAAGUUUGCGGCGGAGAAAAGGCGCCUCUCCAUUGCAUCACAGAUUGUAAGAGCCUGUUUGACCAUUUGCACAGAGAAGGAACCCCCAAGGCACCUUCAGAAAAACGUCUUGCGUAG